AUGGCAAGAGGAACGAAGAAAAAGAGUAAAGCAGCUGUCAAUGAACAUCACGAGCAGCCAGAAGACAAAAGGAAACUGCAGAUGAUUGAUUGCGUGAACAAUUUGGCGAAGGAUCAGGAAAGAAUAGAAAUGGAGAUUUCUGAGGAAGCAGAGAAGAAUGUGGCUCUGAGUAAAGGCAAGAUGCACAAGGAGAAAAGCCCUAGUGGGAAGAGUAGCUCAAGUGAAUCUGAAAUAGCAACUCAGGGAGAUGAAGUACUGAUACUAAAUCAAAAAGGAAUGAAGGUGGGUCUAGUAAACAUGAAUAACAUCAUGAGCUGGAACAUUAGGGGACUUAACAGUCCCCUGAAACAUAGAGAGGUUACUUCAUACCUCUCUAUGAAUAAAGUUGGGUUUGCAUGGAUAUUAGAAACAAAACUAAUAGGCGAAAAAGCUAAAGAGAUAGUGAUGAAGAAGUGGCAUCAAUAUGAAUACUAUGGUAAUCAUGAAGGGAAGAGCAAAGGAAGUAUAUUAGUAUUAUGGAGGAAAGAAGACUAUGAAGUUCAAAUACAGACUGUUAAUAAGCAGUAUAUUCAUUGCUGGGUGAAAAAUCUCAACACUAAGUGCUGGUUCUAUGUGACAGUGGUGUAUGCAGACUAUUUGGUUCAAGGGAGGAUUAAGCUGUGGGAGGAAUUGAAACAGGUUGCAGAUCACACAACUGAAGCAUGGUUAAUAAUGGGUGACUUUAAUUGUGUAACCAAUCCUGAAGAGAGAUUAGGAGGAAGGAAGCAAGUUGGUGACCAAAGUAUUAUGGCUAAAUUGGAUAGAAUUUUGGGGAAUGGAGAGUGGUUCAACCAGUUUAGUACAGCAUAUACCACAGUAAGUGCAGCAGGAAUCUCAAAUCAUAAUGCUUUGAUUGUUAGAUGGGGAGAUGAUCCAGUGAUUAGCAAGAAAUCGUUUAGAUUUUUUAACAUGUGGACUCAGAGCACAGAGUUUCAAUCCAUUGUUAAAGAAGUCUGGCAGAAGCAAAUCACAGGUACCACACAGUUUAGGGUUGUGAGUAAGCAAAAGUUGCUUAAAAAGCCACUGAGAGAUUUGAAUAGAAGGAAGUUUGAGAAUGUGGAGGUCAAAUAUCAAGAAUGUCAUAGCAAGUUGAUCAUGAUUCAGGACCAACUUAGCUUAGAUCCUGAGAAUGUUGCUAUGCAAAAAGAAGAGAAGCAAGCCAGAGAUGAUUGGCAUUGGAAGAAGAUCAACAAGAUCAAGGAGGUAUUUGCACUAGGAACCAUGAAUGGAAAGUGGCAGCAUAAUGGAGGGAAGAACUAUAAUGCCACCAGUGGUUACAGAUGGUUGAGAGGAGAUCAGCACAAAUUCCAACCUGCAAGGGUUGUCUGGACUUCAGUUGGACUUCCUAAGCACAAUUUCAUCAGUUGGAUGGCCUGCCAUGACAGACUGCUUACUGUGGAACGAUUGCAGAAGAUGACAAUCCAGGAUUUGUUGGUAUGCCACAAGCAAAAAAUGUAUAAGAAAGAUGAAGAAGAGAAUCAUUUGAUAGAGGAAGUGUUGUGUGCUCAAAUUGAUAUGAAUUUGGAGCAAAGUUCUUCAACAGUCAAGGGGGGAGAAAGUGUUUGUUUGGUAGGACAUGAUUACAAUGUGUGUCAAGAUGAAAAAGUUGAUCCAAUUGCUGGAAAAGAAGAAGAAAAAGAGAUGCGGGAAGAAAGAAAAGAAAUUGAACAAGAACAAGGAGGAGAAAAAGAGGAAGAAAAACGUUCGUGUUUGGCAUUGGGAAAACAAGAAAUUCAUACUAAUAAUAAUUGUGUGGAGAAUGAUGAAGGUGAGAAUUUUUUCAUGGCAAACAUUCUUGAUUUGGCGAGUCUUGAAAGAUUAGAUGCUUUGGCAACAGAAGAGCGAAAAAUUCAAAUUGGUGAUGAUGUUUGGGAGAAAGAUGAGAAUGGAGAAAUUCUUGAUGUGUUUGAUAAUCAAGAAAACAUUGAUGAUGUUGAGAUAUGUGAGUUGAAGGAAAAACAAGAUACCUGUGAGAGUGAACAUGUUGAUAAAGUUAAGAAUGCUUGUGAAAAGUUGUAUUUUGAAGAUAAAUGGGUGAACAUGGAUGAAUUCUUUGAAAAAGAUAAAACGCAAAUACAAUGCUUUAUGAAGUAUCAAGAGUGCCGUGUUACGACUUUGUUGAUUGAGGAAUGUAUCAACUUCAAGAUGGUAUUUCAUCUGAUUUACUCAGCUAUGGAGAUGUCAUCCGAAAUUGAAGAUCGAGAUGGCGUUGGAGAUUGUUUUAUGCAAGCUUGGUUUAAGGGGGCUUAUGUUGGAAAUAAACCAAGCUUAAAUAGAAAAUAUUAUUUUAGAGAUAAUUUGGUAAUUAUUUAUUUAGUUUAG